AUGUUGGCGUUUAUCAAUGACGGUGUCCGCGUUGUGCGUAGCCAGGUGUCUCAGCUGAUGCAGGUGAGACAUGCGACCAAGAAGGUUGUUUCGUCCAAGACACACAUGCAAGAUUCUCCAGGUAAGAGGCUAGGUGCUAAGAAAUAUGAGAAUUCCGAGGUGAAGACCGGUCAGAUCUUGUACAGACAGAGAGGUACCAAGUGGUAUCCGGGCUUUAACGUUGGCAUUGGUAAGGACCACACGUUGUUUGCCUUGGAGCCAGGGUUUGUUAAGUACUAUCUCGACCCGUUCCAUCCCAAGAGGAAGUUUAUUGGUGUUGCGCUCAACAGAGAGGACAAGUUACCGUACCCUCAUUUCGAGCCGACCCCUAGAAGACUGGGCAGGGCACUCUUGCCCGAGAGGGAUGCCUCCAAGGAGGCGGAGUACUUGCCAAGAAAGGUACAAUUGUUAAAGCCGGAAGUUGAGCAGAAAUUGCGGGAAAGAGAGGAGAAGAGAAACACCAAGCUCAGUACAUUCAUGGAGAAGCUUGCUGAAUUUGAAGCGCUUAAGGAGUUGUCAAAGGAAAAUCUCCAAAUUGCAGCCCAAAGACUGCUUAAGAUUGAUGGCUAUUUACGUGGUGGUAAGUCUCUCAAAGAUUCAAGAUUCAAUGCCACCUUUUACUUUGCCUACGAUACGAAACUAGCUGUCAAAAGAGGCGAGCUUGCCCAGGAUGAAGCUGAUGCUCAGAUUGACACUUACAAGAAGAUUGCAUUGCUUGUUGACAAGACUGUUAUGUUUGAUGCCAAAUACCAACUUGUCAAGAACCUCACUGAGGAAGAACUGGAGUCUCUCAAGGCAACUUCUCUAGCUGAACUUGACCAGUUAAUCCCAGACAGAAAUAAGCCUGUCUCCAAGAAGGACCACAAACAGGCACUGGAGAUUAUUGGUCGUCCAUGCUUCAGCUUGAAGAUGCAAAGUGGCCUUGAAAAACACUACUUGAAGCCACUCAUUCCAAUUGUCGGUGAUGUCAAUCCAAAGGAUAAGCACGUUGUUGCUAUCCCAACCAUGAAUGUCGAAACAAGGAAAAUCGAAACUGUUUACAUGAGAAAGAACUUUGUUUAA